CCCGUUCAGAGACCCACGUUGGUACCGUGCUUGGAUCCCUGCCAUGCCUUCUGCUGCAAAGCUUUGCCAGACAGAAAUCUGUCGUCUCAAUACACGGAUUAUUUUCACGCACGGCCAAAGCACUGGGUGAAGCGUAACGUAGCCCUUGUAGAGUAUCCCUCUGUGUCAGGCGCUUUCCGAGUUCUACCUUGUAAAUACUGUUAUUUGUAUAUACUGUAAAUGAUGACAUCGGUGGGCACUAACCGAGCCCGGGGGAACUGGGAGCAGACACAGACACAGAGCCAGACACAGCACAAGCAGCGGCCACAGGCUACUGCGGAACAGAUUCGACUUGCACAGAUGAUUUCGGACCACAAUGACGCUGACUUUGAGGAGAAGGUGAAACAACUGAUUGACAUCACGGGCAAAAACCAGGAUGAGUGUGUGAUUGCUCUGCACGACUGCAACGGGGAUGUUAACAGAGCCAUCAACGUACUGCUGGAGGGGAAUCCGGACACGCAUUCCUGGGAAAUGGUUGGUAAGAAGAAGGGUGUCUCGGGACAGAAGGAGAGUGGACAAACGGAACCCAGUGAAGAAAGUAAAGAGAACCGGGAAAGGGAUCGGGAUUACAGCCGGCGACGUGGCGGACCACCAAGGCGGGGCAGAGGCGCCAGCCGCGGGAGAGAGUGUAUGAGCCCGUACUUCAGUCGCAGCUUUCGGGGCCAGGAGAAUGGGCUGGAUGGUGGUAAGAGUGGAGGAUCUUCUGGAAGAGGCACGGAGAGAGGGAGACGAGGCCGUGGACGAGGCAGAGGUGGCUCUGGAAGGCGGGGGGGAAGAUUUUCUGCCCAAGGCAUGGGAACUUUCAACCCAGCUGAUUACGCAGAGCCAGCCAGUACGGAGGAGAACUAUGGGAAUAGCAACAACAACACGUGGAACAACACUGGCAGCUUUGAGCCCGACGAUGGCACGAGUGCAUGGAGGACAGCGACAGAGGAAUGGGGAACAGAGGACUGGAAUGAAGAUCUUUCAGAGACCAAGAUCUUCACUGCUUCCAAUGUGUCCUCAGUACCUCUGCCUGCAGAGAAUGUAACAAUCACAGCUGGACAGAGAAUCGACUUGGCAGUGCUGUUAGGAAAGACCCCCUCUUCUCUGGAGAAUGAGUCAGCAAGCUUGGAUUCAUCACAGGCCCCUUCCCUGGCCCAGCCUCUGGUGUUCAGCAAUUCCAAGCAGAGUGCUCUAUCCCAGCCAACCUCUGGGAACACCUUCUCUCAUCACAGCAUGGUGAGCAUGCUGGGGAAAGGGUUUGGAGACGUCGGGGAGGCCAAGGGCAGCAGCACCACAGGCUCGCAGUUCCUGGAGCAGUUCAAGACCGCGCAGGCCUUGGCUCAGCUAGCGGCUCAGCACACCCAGCCAGGCGGGAGCACCGCUGCCUCCUCCUGGGACAUGGGGUCCACAACGCAGCCCUCGGCCCUCGUGCAGUACGAUCUAAAGAACCAGACGGACUCCUCCGUCCACAGCCCCUUCACCAAGCGCCAAGCCUUCACGCCAACGUCGACCAUGAUGGAGGUGUUCAUGCAGGACAAGCAGCCUGUGGUGACGGCCCCUGCAACGGCACCACCGCCCCCUUCCUCUCCCCUGCCCAACAAAACCAACCCAGUUCCCCAGAUGUCCCCAGGGUCUUCAGACAACCAGUCCUCCAGUCCCCAGCCAGCGCAGCAAAAGCUCAAGCAACAGAAGAAGAAAGCCUCUUUGACAUCAAAGAUUCCUGCACUUGCCGUGGAGAUGCCAGGUUGAGCAGAUAUCUCAGGGCUAAACCUGCAGUUUGGGGCAUUGCAGUUCGGCUCUGAGCCCGUGCUCUCAGAGUAUGAGUCCACACCAGUGACGAGUGCUUCGGCAAGCCAGUCUCAGAGCAGCCUCUUCACCAGCACUGCGAGUGAAUCUUCGUCCACGAUUUCGUCCAAUCAAAGCCAGGAGUCUGGUUAUCAGAGCGGCACAAUACCGACGGCAACGUAUACCUCCCAGAACAGCGCUCAGGGACCACUGUAUGAACAGAGAUCCACCCAGACCAGGCGAUACCCAAACUCCAUCUCCUCCUCGCCCCAGAAAGACCUGGCCCAGGCCAAGAAUGGUUUCAGCUCUGUACAGCCCACGCAGCUACAAACCACGCAGGCCGUUGAAGGUGCUACAGGCCCUGCAGUGAAGUCGGAUUCUCCCUCUGCCCCCAACAUCGCGCCUCUCAGUGAUGCUGUCUCUGCAUCGUCUCUGCUGACAACAGCCAGCCAGCACUCGGCAGCCUUGGGCAGCCUGAGCCACAGCGAGGAGCUUCCCAGCACGACCACCACGCAGCUCAGCAGCACGUUACCCACGCAGCAGAACAGCCUCUCCUCAUCAACAUCCUCUGGGCGCACAUCUACGUCCACUCUUCUGCACACAAGUGUGGAGAAUGAAGCGAGCCUCCAUUCUGCUGCUAGCACUUUCUCCACCUCCUCCAGCACGGUCUCGGCUGCCCCGCCUGUGGUCAGUGUCUCCUCCAGCCUUGGCAGUGUCAGCAGCCUGGGGCUCAGCCUCGGCAGCAACUCCACGGUGACGGCCUCAACGCGCAGCUCAGUUGCAACAACAUCAGGAAAAGCCCCUCCCAACCUCCCUCCUGGAGUCCCACCGCUGUUGCCUAAUCCGUACAUCAUGGCUCCAGGCCUGUUACACGCCUAUCCGCCACAAGUGUAUGGGUAUGACGACUUGCAAAUGCUUCAGACGAGAUUCCCACUGGAUUACUACAGCAUCCCAUUCCCCACGCCUACCACCCCACUGACGGGAAGAGACGGCAGCCUGAGCAGCAACCCGUACUCUGGUGACCUCACAAAGUUCGGCCGAGGUGAUGCCUCCUCCCCUGCUCCGGCGACGACCCUGGCGCAGCCUCAGCAGAGCCAGACGCAGACACACCACACCACGCAGCAGACAUUCCUGAACCCGGCCCUGCCUCCUGGCUACAGUUACACCAGUCUGCCAUAUUACACAGGGGUCCCUGGGCUCCCCAGCACCUUCCAGUACGGGCCUGCCGUGUUCCCUGUUGCUCCUACCUCUUCCAAGCAGCAUGGUGUGAAUGUCAGCGUGAACGCAUCAGCAACCCCGUUCCAGCAGCCCAGUGGCUACGGCUCCCAUGGAUACAACACUGGUGUAUCGGUGACAUCCAGUAACACAGGAGUACCAGACAUCUCGGGCUCAGUCUACUCCAAAACUCAGCAGUCCUUUGAGAAGCAGGGAUUUCACACUGGAACCCCAGCAGCCUCCUUCAACUUGCCUUCGGCGCUGGGCAGCAGCGGCCCCAUCAAUCCUGCCACAGCUGCGGCAUACCCGCCGGCCCCCUUCAUGCACAUACUGACCCCACAUCAGCAGCCCCACUCGCAGAUCCUCCAUCACCACCUGCAGCAGGAUGGGCAGCUUCCAUAUUUGCAGAUGAUACUGUGCUGCCAACGCCAGCAGGAAGACCAGAGUGGCACCGGACAGCGCAGCCAGGGCAGCUCCAUCCCCCAGAAGUCCCAGGCCAACAAGUCCACCUACAACAGCUACAACUGGGGUGCCAACUGAGCCGCCGCCAAGAGCAACAACCAACCCAACCUGCCACCCCAGGGAGAAGCGUGCACCACCCACGUCCCAGCCGUCUGGGCCGUGCUGGGCUCUGCAUCGUGUCUGUUUGCAGCCACCUUUCCUGUUAUAUGUAAUAUAGAAUUUGUAUUUUUUUUCUCUCUCUCUGCAUUCGGAUUCUGAACCGUUUGCCGUAGGGGCCUCUCUUGGUUUUUACUCCUUGCUCCCUGCCCAUCACCCUGCGCCCCCGACCCUGCCGGAGCCCAAGGAGUGGAAAGCUGCCAGCCCGCCUACAGCAAACCCCUUUACUAUUAGGAAUAAGAACAGUAAUUGAUAUGAACAGCAUUGUAAGAUGAAUUAGUUGAAGUGUUUUUGUACCGUGUUCCAAAUUCAAUGGAUAAAUGUGUCUUGUAUAUAAAAACGAAAACCCCACGCUGUCCUCUGGGUCUCAUUUCCACAGCUGCUGGGGGAGCUGGGCAGAGCUACCCUGACUUUCAGUUCCGUUCCCACCCCACUGCCUGCCCCCUUCCCCUUCUGCUGUCCGCUGUAAGUAUAUUUUGCUUUCCCCCUUUUUUUUUUCCCCUUGGGGUUGGGGUGGGGGGGGAGUUUCUAUGCAGUUGAUUCUUGUAUUUUUUCAGUUUCACCCAAUCCCUUCAAUAAGCCCCCGAAUGGGUCGACGACUAAAAAGAAUAAAGGUCACAACGUGCUGUGUGUAUUUUUUAAUACUGACAUCCUGAGCCUGCUUCCAUGUCUUGGCACAGGGUAUCGGAGGGCAGGAGGGGGGGCAUGGGGUCAGCUUGCCCAUGCCUGGGGCCAAGAGAAUGCUAACAGGGUUGAUCCCUGGAGCUGCUCAUCUCCCUGCCGAGUCUGGGGUGGUUUCUUAAAAAAAUGUUUUAGCUCCUAGCUCUACGCUACAUCUGGCUCCUCACCCUAGGGGCCCCGAGCAGCUCCAGUUCCCUAAUGCUGGCUUAGCAGGCCCAGUACCCCUGUGCAACUGAUGCCCAGUCCAGGCCUGGCUGCCUGCCUGACCAACAGGCUCAGGGAAGGAGCCGGGUGCCUUCUGCCUUCUGCCUUCUCCAGCAGGCUGGCAGGGGAGGGCCUGGUCCUGCUGUUCCCUAGCCACCAUCCCUAGUUCUGCCAGGCCUCUGGUCCUAGCCCUGGCUGCCCUUGCUCUUCUGGGCACAAUGGGGGAAUUUGCUAUGGGGUGUUGCCACUGCAUGGUGCAGAACAGACUUCCAGGUCCAGGCAAUGCCCCCCUGCCCUAACCUCUAACCUUAACCCCCCCCCCCCGAUUGCUCUGCCCAGGGCGGCAGAGGUACAAAUAUUCAGCUCAGGCUCGAGUGGAAGGUGCUGCCAUCUCUGGAGUGAAGUGGACUCUGUUUGGCCCUGCCAUGGUGACCCACUUCCCCUGUGGGCUUUACUUCACUCCCCUGGUGCAGGUCAGGCAGCAGCAGCAGUAGCCCUGUAGGACCAGGGAGCUCCGGGCAAGGACUCAACCCCUUUGGCUGCCCUGUUGCUUUCGAGGCCAUGUGGACAGGGAGCUGAGCUCUGCUCCAUGCAUGCUGGCCCUAGGGCAGGAGGGCUGGAUGAAGGAGGGUGGUGUGGUGGCUGAGGCUGCAUCCAGUACAGGCCUUGACCCUUUCCUUGGCCAAGGGCCUCAGCCCCUUGCUAGCUCUGUGGAGCAAAAGGAAAUGGCAGCUAUAGCUGUCAGCUGCACUCCCCAGGCUCAGCGGAAGCAGUGGGGCAGGAAGCUGCCUUGGCGCCUUUUUUAGCUGCCCGCAGGCGCUUGCUGCAGCGGCCCCCUUCCGGCUCCCUGCUUAGGAGACGAGCCCCGUCUGACUGUGCCCUCUGUGCCAUCCCUGCACCAACCUGCUGUUCCCCACAUCCCCUACGCUGCUCACCACAGGGCCAGGUAGGACCUGCCUGAUGGAUGCUCGGUGGGGGGGGGCACUUCAAGGGACAUUGCACCCCUUCCCAGGCACCAGCCCCUUCCCCACAAGACAGCCUGGUGCACCUACCCAGGCUGUGCUCCCAGAGGUGGAUCUUGGCUAGAAGCCUCCAGACAUGGCACGUCCUGGUGCUCCCCAGUUGCCUCUGGCUCCCAACAGCUCCUCAGCACUUCCGCUCUGGGCCCCAGCCCAUAAAGCACCAGCUUCCCUGCUCCAUGACCUGCAGGUCCCCUUGGCUGCCAGGUCAUGCCCCAGCGGUGCCCACAUGUCCCCUGCUGUCUCAGCCAGGUCUGCAGGCACAGGCACGGUUGACUGGUGAGAUGUGGUGGAUGGGAACAGGGCUCUGGCUCCCAGUCCUGUGCAGCCAGUGCUGGGGCUGCCAGCUCUGCCCUGGGGAUUUGUAAGUAGCAAAAACCCUCAGGGCGGCUGGGCCUUGGCCUUGCUGGGAGCCUGAAGAUGCUCCAGAAAAGGGCUGGUCCCUCAUGCCAUAGCCUCCCAUGCUGGGGCUGGCUCUGCCUGAACACCUGAAAUAACUU